ACACACCACUGGAGCCAUAGCCCAUAUUGGUUCCAACCCCCACUGAUCAGAAGGUCUCCUCCUCCUCUUCUUCCUUCGGUAUCAUUUUCCCGAGAAAGUGGAGCGAAAAUCCGGCCAGAAAAUUAUCAGAAUGGGCAUUUUCGCCGUAAUUGGAGUGUUGUUGCCAUUUCCGUACUACUACGUCUUAUGGAAUCGUCCUCAGUUGUGGGUGAACUUGUGCGGCAAAUCGCGCGAACCCUGCAAGUUGAUGGCCCAGGUCUCGGUUUUUCUCAAGUUGCUUCAGUUCCUCUCCAUCAUUCAUGUCUCCUCCUUCUCAUGGCCCCCGCCUCUAUACUUCUGGCCUCUAAUGGCUUUUGGACAGUUCUUGAACUUCAGGGUCUACCAGUUACUCGGUGAAUCUGGUGUUUACUAUGGAGUACGAUUUGGGAAGAACAUUCCAUGGGUAACUGAAUUUCCAUUUGGAUAUAUAAAAGAUCCUCAAUAUGUGGGAAGCAUUUUGAGCCUUUUUGCUUGUCUAUCGUGGGUACCUUUAAAAUAUAUUCUGCUCUGGACACUGGGUUACAUUUUUAUGAUGCAUGUUGAAUCCAAGGAAGAUCUUGCAACUCGAGCAAAGCCUCAAAGUUGAAUUUGUGAAAGAAUAAUCAUGAACAUCGACAUCCAAUCAAUGGAUCAAUAUGCGACCAAUGGCAACUGGUUCAAGCAUCCAUUAUCCUGGUAAUGAGCAUGAUCAAAGCUCUUGAAAUUUUGAAUGUUAUCCCAGUUUGAGCUUUUUAUGACGUCCUUAAUUCUGUUCUUCCCAUUGUGUGUUGAACUACUAGGAAUAAGAGUUUUCCCACCUACUUUGUGGCUUCUCUUCAUCAUGUGAUGCCAGUUCUUGUUCAAGUCUUUUGGAAGCUUGAAUUCUAGAAAAUUAUUCUUAAUAGAAAUACUUUAGGAAUAAGAAAUGUUAUGUUUUCCAUUUCUAGACUUUGUAGAUUUCUUUCUUACAUUCAAAUAUCAAAAUUAUUGUUAAAAGAAUACGUGCAUUUGGUAAUUCUAGCAAAUGGAUGUAUGUUUGAAUCUCCA